AUGAAUAAAGAAAAGCCGACAAUGUCGAAUCCGAGAUCGCCGGGAAAAACAAAUAAAAGAACAACUGCGAGCAAAGAGAUUAACGUAAUUACACAAGUAACAGCGGAGGCAGAGCGGCUAAAAAAGCAAAAUAGUAAAUUGCGGGAGGAAAUAGACGAGUUAAGGCGAAAGUUAGAGGAAAUGAGGGCGGAUAGAGAUGAUAGAUCGGCUAAAACAGAGCAGGAAGAAAUAGAGGCGGAACAGAGAACGCGAAACGCGCGCGAAAGGGGAAAUCAAACGCGAGAGGAAGAGCCGAUGGCAAAUCCAAAUAAUAGAAAAAACGUCAAUAUGAUAGGAAAUGUUAGGCUUCCAAGAGGGGGUUGGUUGACGGAUCCAUUCGCGGAAAUCAGUUAUAAAGGAAGGGAGGACGGACAAAAUCCGAUUAAAUUUUUAAAGAGAUUCGAAAAAAUCGCGGAGUACGAGAAUAUUGAGAGAAGAGAUCAGUUGCACUAUUUUAAGAAAUGUAUGAGAGGCAACGCGAGUAAUUGGGUAGAAGUAAGUGAUCCGGAAAGUAUAGAGGAGGCAAAAGAAUCGUUCCGAGAAUAUUUCUGGGGGGACGAACAACAAGCAAGAUUCCGGGAGAAUUUAUACACGGGAAAAUUUAAAUCCGAGAAAGGAGAAUCGAUGGCCGAAUAUAUAAUGAAUUUAGCUAGGCAAGCGAAAUUUUUAGAUCCGCCGAUGAGCGAUCACGAAAUAAUAAGAAGCGUGAAAAAACAUUUCAGUAGCGAGAUAAUGCGGGAGAUACGACCGUCAACGGUAAAAACAAUCAACGAGUUAACAACGCUGUUAGACGAAAUAGUAUACGAAAAGAGAUUGCUUAGACAAACUAGAAGACAAAACGCGGAGGAUAGCCAGACAAACGCGAGAAAACCAUACGGGCCGGAAAAGCGAUAUGAAAAUUUCGCGGCAGGGAAUCAGAGAAGGAGAUGGCCGGAGGAGAAUAGAGGAAAUAGGCAGGCAUCGGUACGGAUUACAGAGUUACCGAAUAACGAGGAGAAGGCCGAAAAUAAAAGAAUAGUAAGGUAUAGCCGAGACGCGGAUAGAAGCCGACAGGGAGUCGAUAGACCGACAACGAAAACUCAGGUCGCGAAGAAACACGUAACAGCGGUAAACGUAAAGCAAAAGAGAGAGUCGGACGAAGAAAAUUCGAGCGAAGAGGAGAAUAGUGACGCGACAUCGCAAGAGAGGGAAAUCGAAAACGAAUCUUCGAUCGCGAGCAUGCGGACGGAGGAAAUUUUAAAAGAAGUAGAGGAGGUGUUCUAUGAAGAUCAGGAAAAGAUUAAAACACAAAAGGGACCGUUCGUAACAGCGGUAUUUAACAAACAGAAUAUUAGAUGCCUAAUCGAUACGGGGGCACAGGUGUCAGCGAUGAGUAAAGAGACAUAUGAUCAAUUAAGACAAGACGGGAUUAAAAUGGAAAUUCAACCGGUGGAGAAAAUACAGUUAAUAGGAGCAUUUUCAAAGAAAACGAUAAAGAUUCUAUUCAAGACAGUAAUAGAGUUCAGAAUUGAAAGGGCAAGAUUUGAGCAGGAGAUAUUAGUGGUACAUAAAUUAAUACACGAUAUCGUACUAGGAAUGGACUUCAUAUGCGGCCAUAACGCGUCGAUACAAUGCGGGGAAGACGGUAUCGAAGUCGAGCUUGAAUCUGAAGAUCAAAACGUAAUAUUGAUAAACGCGAUAAUGAUCGAACAGGAAGUUCCGGAUAUAACGAAUUGUAGCGCGGAAGAGAUGGACCCGUUUUUCGGGAUAUUGAAUAUAACGGAAGAGAUAGAGGACGGGGAAGAGCCGUUAUUCACACAGAAAGAGAUAGUUGAAGUCUUUCUGAGUGACAAAGGAAAUUCGGAAGAAGAAAAUCGUAGCACGAGGAAUAGGGAAACGGGAGAGAAAGGCGAACAGACGAAAGAAAGAUUACUGGAGAAAAUCGCGGAGGAAGAGAUAGGUAAGAACGUGGCGAUGCUAAACAUACAUGGACCGUUUUUCGGGGCAAAGACAGAACAAAAAUACGCGUUAACAAUGACCGAUAUUCGAAGUCAGGCAAAAAAGACAUACUAUAUGCCGGAUAAGAGACUAAAAACAUUAACGGACAUAAUCGCGAACAAAUAUUUAAAAACGGAACGAAACCCGAAGGUAAUAAUAACAGACAGGCAAGGACAGUUCAGAAAUGACAAAUGGAAAAUAUUUUGCGGAAAGGUGGGAAUAAGAACACGAACACUUAAUUCUACAGCAAAUCCAACGGUGAAUACAGCGAAGAGUCCAGCAGGGAAGAACAGAUACGAGAUAGACCUGCGGGAGGAAGAACAGAAUAUAAUAACGGAAAAUAAAAUAAUUCAGGAAAUGAAAAGACAAUUAGAGACGAUACAGAUGAGAAUACCAAAGAAAGUAGAGAUUACCACAAGCCCAGUGUUACAGGGGACGAGAAUCAGGUCAACAGAAAAACGAGACAAUCCAAAGGUCUGCAGUGAGGGAGAUAGCGAGGAGGAAAUCCAGUCAAGAAGGGGGAGUGAGAACAGCAACACAAUCAAGGAAUCUGAAAAUAAAAGAAAAACACACAAAGAACCAAGGACAAAACGUAAGAAAGAAUCUUAA